GUAAUGAAUGUAGUGUAGUUUUAUGCCUACUGCCACUGCCACUGCCACCAGGUAACAUAAGGUGGUAGGUAGGUACAGUAGGUAGGUACAUGGCUGGGCAGGUAGAUCCCCGUAGGUGGGCAGGAAGUUCUUACCUAGGUACUUAUUGUACCUAGUCCUCCCUCCCGAUGAUCCUCUCCACUUCCAAUCAUCCAAUACCUACCUACGUUAAUAACCUCCGUCCUGCUCUCUAUCACCCUAUCACCUAUCAUCUCAGUCCAUAUAUUUGCAACACCUACUUUCAUCACUCUGCCGCCUAUCAUCCCAUUGCGCCAGCGACAGUGUUGGAAAGAUUGUAGCACUUGUCUAGACAUACAAAUCUCCUGUUAAGCUACCUAAAUCGAAACAUCAUGGACCGCACCGAUGAGGAACUCGAUCGUGACUGGGUACCGAAUGGUCGUCGUCCUCAGUCAACAAUCGCACGCUCUUUUAGUGCCGAAUUAAUGGAUAUCUUCCGGAUCGACAACAGUGUUGCUGACCUGGACGAACAAAUAGACAAGCGGAAACAACAAGUCACCAGUGGGCAGACCGAACUCCAGGCUCUAGAGGCGCGACUGAAGGAAAUGGAAGAGCGACUACAGACGUCCAAGCCGGGUGCGAUCGGUGGUAGUCCACGAUCUCAACGACAACCCCUCGCUAACACAUUCGGCUCAAUUGCUCAAUCAACCGAGAAAGAACUCCCCCAGAGACCACUGCAAGCCUCAUCCCGGCCGGGCACUGCAAAGCAAGCCCAGCACGCGCCGAUGCACGGAGGUGCGAUGCCACCCACACCAACAGCCAGCGAAGGUGAAUCCGACCUCGUCAAUACCUCUCACGACCGUGACGCCGAGACCGCAAGUUUUGCUGACUAUGUUAUUGUACCAAAAGACGGUGAAGACCGCGACAGCUAAAUGCCGAGGCAGGAAACUCGAGCUUUGCACCUAGCACACGACUCGGCCAACUAGAUCAUAGAGAUACGAAUGACGUAAAACUGUUCUACGGUCAAGGCUUCAACGCGACUUCCCAGUAUCACGAACUUAGCUGUUUUUCACGACAUCUACGGACCAAGCCGACCAAGUUUUAGGAUAGUUGGCUUGUAACUUCAAUGACCAUUAUUUGGAUAUACAAGCCAACAUGAACCACCUCACUACAAACUGACGGAACUACAGGGUCUCGGGGCCUGACAGCGUUCUAUUCGAAUCCAGGGGCAGCGCACAACUCUCGAGUUUUAUCCUUCCCUGGCCCUAUGGCGA